UCUCUGCCUUUUUCUUUCUGUCGCUUUUCAUAGAUUAAUUUGUAUAUUCCAGUCGACACGCUCGCGCCAAAUAGUACGUUCUGCGACUCCUCUGGCUUCCAGUAGUUCUCUAAAACAGUGGUUUAACAGAGCAUAAGAUAAUUGCUACGAUAACAUAGGGAAUAAUUUUACUAGGAAUUUAGUAAUCAUCUAUUCCCUUGAUAAAAGACAAUGUCACAUUCAAUGAAUGUGUAGCACUUACUGUAUUUGAAACUCCUCUAUAGUUUCUUUUAUGAUGGAUUGCAGAAUGUCGCAAAAUUAUUGUUUUUUUCGAGACAUCUAAAACUAUUUAAGUUUGACAUGUCUGCACAAUGAUCACAAGGCAAAUAUAACAGAGAAAUAGAAUAAAGGGAGAGAAAUGUCAUUGUUUGUCUGACUGCGUAUAAUAUAUUGAGACAGGGAGAAAUAAAGGGAAUAUAUGAUAAAUUCCUAAAUAUAAAAUUAAGUGGAAUUUUAAAAUACAAAGUAUAAUGUCGCUUAUCUUCAUUUAUAAAGGGAAAAGCGACAGCGGGAUGUAAGACGAGUGAUUACCGCAAGCAUGAACAAUUGAAGCUGCAUUAAUUCUCACGUUACGUUUAUCAAGAUAUCGACCACAUAUAUAUGAAAAUAUGAAGCAAAUAAAUUUCGAAAAUGUAAAUCUUUUGAACAGUCGAGUAAAUUUGCUCUCGGGGAAUUUAUUACCAAUAGCAAUUGAUAAUUCGCGAUUUUCAAUAAUAUGGCGCAUAUACAGUGUUAUCGUGUGGUUAAUAGAAUUGAUCCACACGAUCGCGUUGAUCUUUGGAAUUAUUUUGGUACCAAAAGAGAAGGCUUUGAAAGAUGGCACUGUCGGCAGUGUGGUUAUUUUAGAGACGUCUUUUAUGCUUUUGUGGCUUUAUUCGCACAAGAAACUGAUGAAGCAAAUCAUCCAGAAGAUGAACGACAUCUUUCAAAACACGGAUGAAAUCAUGAAGGGUAUCGUGAAGUCGGCUCUAAAACCCAUAACAAUGCCGUUUGUGAUAUAUGGAGUGACCGGUGCGAUAUCCGUCAUGAUAUGGACUGUACGGCCAGUUACAUUAGUUUUCGAGAAGACCAACUUUUUCUAUGUGGAUUACAAUCUGCCAGCAGCUUUCAGUACCGAGCCGUUCUCUAGUCAGGUUUUGAUUUCUUCUACCAUCUUAAUGACAAUCGGCAGCGUUUAUCUGUUUCUUAAAAAAUUCGGCGUGGAUAUAUAUAUGAUACAUUUGGUGUUGAUGUUAACAGUGCAAUAUCGAUACACAGCGGCUAAACUCACGAUAUUAUGUCAGGAUCAGAAUUUUCAGAAUAAAUCUCCAAACAAAUAUUCUAUGAAAAAUCGCUGGAUCAAAAAAGAAUUAAGAGAAUUAUGUCGUCACCAGAAUACUGUUUUAAAUAUAUCAUUUAUGUUAAAAAAACUUCUAUCUAUAAACUUCAGUCUACUCUAUAUCAACAACGUUUUCCGAUUCUGCUUUAUAGGUAUUUUAUUAAGCACAGUACCAUCGUCAACUUUUGCAGAAGGAAUUUCGAUCAUAUUGUUUACACUUGGUUCGUUAACGCAAUUUUUUUUAUUAUGUUCUUCUGUACAGACCCUAUCAGACGCAAGUACCGAAAUGACAGAUAAAGCGUUUAAUGAAGGCUGGUAUCAAUUUGGAUCAUCAAAUAAACGUACAUUUAUAUCAUUGAUAAUGGCUAACAAUCUAGAAUGCAAAAUUGCGGCAAUUGGAAAGUUUAAUUUAUCUCUGCCCUCAUUUAUGACGAUCAUGAAUCAAUCAUAUUCCAUCGCCCUCCUGUUUUUAAGAGCAAAAUAAAAAAAUAUAUCGCACACAUUUAAAUUA